CGACCAUUGAGGAACAACAAAGCAAACACACUUGGCCCUGUCCGAAAUUUUAACUUCAGCCCCCUGAGAUCUGGACAAAGCAAGAAACAACAUUAGCUGGCAACCCAACCGGAAGUUAAAAAUGGGCAUCAAACGACCUCAUGCAUCAGUCGACGACAUUCACCCCGAUCGUGCCAGCCGCAUAGAAGGUGGCCCUGCACAAAAAAAAUACAAGCAAGCCCGAAAGAGCCAGGUAGACGCAGAUGGCUCGCUGGCGGCGGUCAAAAAGCGGGCGAGGAACAUUGAGCGCACCCUGUCGAGGCAGGGCGCCUCAGAGAUGCCGCCCAACGUGCGCGCAGAGCUGGAGCGCGAGAUGUCUGCCCUCAAGUACAGGAUAGAGAGCCUCCAGGAGAAGAAGCAUAGGAGCCAGAUGAUUGGCAAAUACCACAUGGUUCGGUUUUUUGAGCGCAAAAAGGCGCAAAAACUCGUCAAGUAUGUGCGCAAGAAGCUUGACCAGGCCGAAGAUCCGGAGCAGAUUACCGAACUGAAGAAGGACCUGCACACCGCCCAAGUCGAUGUUAAUUACGCCAUUUACUUUCCAUUCCUCGAGCGAUACGUCAGUCUCUAUCCAAACGCGGACAAGUCAGAGGACCAGUCAGACGCGAAAUUGGCCUUGCUGCGCUCAGAAAGGCAUCCCAUAUGGACAGAGAUUGAGCAGGCUAUGGAAUCUGGACCGACUGCGCUGCAACAGCUGCAAAAUCGAAAAUCAGCCAAAGCCGCCACGAAGGCAAACAAAUUCGAAACUGCUAGCAAAUCUCGUCCGGAAAAGGUGUCGGGAGAAGCGUCAGAAAAGAAGGCCAAGAUAACCGAUACCAAGAACUCCAAACGGUCUUCAAAGGCCCAAUUAGAUGAGAAGGAGGAGGAGGACGGGGAUGAGAGUGAUACUGGAUUCUUCAAUUAGCCUGCAAAGGCGUUUUCUGUACAACUUGUCCAAGCGAAUGAUCAAUUUUCUGUUGUUAGCACUUUAUUAUACCCCAAGAUGAAUUGUCU